AUGACUUCACCAGGAUGUUGUCCUGAUCAUUUGAGUAGAUUUCAUUUGCUAAAUUAUCAGAUGAGACAAAAGUAUAAGAUCUCAGCCCUUCAAUCCACAAAAACAUCUGAAUUAUUGAAUGAGGCUCUUCAACCUGCAGUGGCCUAUGAAUUAUCAAUUGAGGCCCAUCAACCCACAGAAACCUAUAAAUCAUCAGAUGAAAACAACUUAUUAAAUGCGUUAGGAUUAUUUAAUUGA